GUGCGUUAAUCUGUUGUUAAAACGUCAUAACCAGCACUCUGCUUGUGGUCAGACAUUCGACUGUGGCGUGGGUCAACUCAGUGAACAAACCAAACAGUCGAUAAGUGAACAGUCUUUAUCUGAGUUUGUCUCUUUGAUUGAACUUGUUGCGUCGUUAGUAUCGGCUAGCAUUAGCAUUAGUGUUAACUAGCUAACUGUUGAGGCAGAGCUGACAGUGACAGACGGCUUCAAAAAAUAAUAAUAACACUCGCUUUGUUUUCCAACAGGUUUAUUGAUAAAUGAAGACUUUCCCUACAGCGGAGAGCAUGAAGAUUAUCCGAGUUCAAGUUGAGCUCCAGCUCGAGACCCCACCGGCCGGACAGCAGGUGUUCGGGGGCCAACCGGAGGAGGACAUGAGCGAGCUGGACGAGCCGCUGUUGUGGCUGGCCGACGAUGCUGUGGCGCCCCCUCGCGGCGGCUGUGCGUCCUGCAGCUGUGACUCUGAGGCCUGCAGACCCCUGGAGGACCGGCACGCGGAGAGGAGCCUGCAGUCCAUGAGGCUGCAGCUCCAGUUCCUCAUGGGCAAAGCCGACGACUUACACAACUGCCUCAAGAACGAUGGGCUGGAGCAUCGCGAGAGGGAGGCUCUGGCUGCUGCAGUACCGAGUUUCCUGUACACCUGUCAGCCUUACUUCAACCACCUGGAAUCCACAGCCAGGAGUAACGUGUCCCGGAACAGCCCUCUGCCUUUGGAAGUCUACACCGAGCUGCUAGAUUUCUCUCAGCAGCUGUGUGACAAGUUGGAGCAGCUGAUGUUAACCUAUGCCAGACACAGUCUCCUCUGUUUGGAUGAAACUAAGCCUGACAGCCUGUCUCACUUCUGCAUUGGCCAGACUCAGCUCGGCCGUCUGAGGCUGACGGUGUUCCGCUACUGCAAGCCGACGCCGUACCUCGCCCAGGUCAACACCGGCUUGUACAAACGGAUGCGGUGGAACGUGGAGAGGCUCCGAGACGGGCUGCAGCAAGCAGGGGGGGAGCAGGGGGGAGGGAGUGAGGACACGGAGUAUUACUUCCUGUGCUAUGAGGAUAUUCCCAUUGCAAACGCAGAGGCUUUUGAUGAGAGCCAAGGCGUCUCCCAUGGCAACGUGGUGCGGAUGUGGUCCAUCGGUCAGUGGGUGCAGAUAAACCCCAACACAGAGGACAUCUACGACUGGAUCAUGUGUGAGGUUCCUCAGGCCUACUAUCACCAGCUGUUGUUCCUGGGCAGCGACGAGCCGUCCAGCAGCGGAGCCACGGAGCUCCUGCAGCAGCUGCUGUGUGUCGGUUUCUCCCACUCCGAUGUCACGAGUGUGGAAAACUGGACCAGUUUUUUCCAGGCAGGGUAACGGGGGUAAAUCCUUGUUGAACAUUCGGGUUUGAAAUGUCUACCUCAGUCAGGUUCUCUGCACAAUGUUCUGUCACUUUACUCUGUUUUUUCUAAGAGUUUAAAAAUAUUCUAAGUUUUUUUUAAUGGGGGACAUUUUUAAGAGCAUGUUUUGCUGAAAAAAAAAAAGAAAGAAUUCUGUGUUCAUAUUGUAACUUUUAAAAACAGAGUUUAAGAGUUUAAAAAUAUUCCAAGUUUGAUAAGGGUUCACAUAUUUUUCAGAGCAUGUUGUUUUGCUGUAAAUAAGUCCAAACGUGUUAUUAAAAAACAUUUUAUUUACAUGAAA